AUGGGAAAGAUUCUUCGUUGCAUUAAGCACAGAACGAAUGACGUUCUCCAAUGGGUUAUUAACUGGCUGGGGCUCAAUCAACUUGGCGCAGACAGACCUUUCAUGACGCUGUUCCUGGCGGCAUUUCUUGUCAUUGGAUUUUUGCCAAUGAUGAUCUAUGUGGGGUUCACGAUUGUGUCCGUUUCCUUGGGCGUUUUCCUAUUGGUUGUUAUCGAAGGGGGGAUCAUUAUCGUGGCAACAGUAGUGUUAUUGGCCUGUCUAAUCAUUCCAGCUUGCAUCGCAGGCGGAGUAUCUGCUUUUGUCUGCGCAAUCUACUUUGCUCUUUCUCAGAUGAGACAACUUGUAGAUACCGCUGUGAACGCUCCGCAGAAGCUGUUUUCUUUUGACAGGCAAGUAACAAUGGAUGAGAAGCCGAAAUUUGUCCACGGCAAAGCCCGUUUUAGGCGGGCAAGAAUUUCUUAUACCCCUGACAAUGACUCUGACAGCGAAAGUGAUGAUGUUAAAGGAUCAUUUCGAUACCAAGCCCACUGGGUAUUUGGAGCUGAUCGUGUUCGUGCUUAA